AUGAACGUGAAAACAAAACCUAGCCCAGUAACCCCCACGCCCCACCCCCAAACGAAACCUAGCCGCUCUCUUCCCAGUUCUCACAGUCUCGCUCUCUGCACCUUCCAGCGCCGGCGAGAGACCGUUCCUCCCACGACCUCGCAGCGCCGCCGAAGCCUUCCUUCCAGCGCCGCCGAAUCUUUCCUCCCACUGCUCCCAGGACCUCCUCGCGGACAGAGCACCACGAAGGCACGAAGCCCCAGCCACAGCCAGCGCCGAGCAGCCCAGCACCACCCUCGCACAGUUACACCCAGCAGGCCAGCAGUAGCACAGCACCACCCACUCACCCAGCAGCGUUUCUGGCCACCCACAACACAACACCUCCCACCCAGCCACCGAUUCAAGUCAGAGUUGGAGCCCGAGCCACCGAGUCAGGUAACAAAUCCUGGAGGGAGAAAUAGAGAUAGGAAGACCGACUUGCUUGUUAUAGCUGAUCGUGGGAACUCCUUUAAGGUUAUAAAUCAUGUGAGUAUUCCUUUCCUAGAUCAUUUGUUCUUGGAUAAAUUACAAUAUUACACUGGCCUUCCAAUGGUUAGGCGAUAUUCCACAUGACGUCCUUUUAUAACUUUUAUAUAAUAUGUAAACACUAAGUAUAUUGGAUCAAGACUUUGUUAGCUAUUGUGUAUUUUUUUUGUCGAUUUCAAUGUUAUGACUUUGUGAAAUAGUAUGGUAGUAUUUUUUUUGAAUUGAUUGAAAAAACCAAACAAACCGAACCAAACCAAACCGAUUUUAAUUGGUUUGGUUUGGUUCGGAUGGCCUUGCUAAAAAAAUCGAACCAAACCGAACCGCAGUUUAAUUAGACGAUCGGAUCGGAUGAGUGGAUGACCUUUCUCUCAAAAACCGAACCAAACCGCACAGCGAACACCCCUAUUGCUGGUGACUGUUGUAGUUGAAUUUUAGAGUUGUUGAAGCUGAGCAUCGUUUAGUUAGUAUUGUUAUUGAAUCUGAUGGUUAUUACUAUUGUAUUUGAUUUUUUAGAGUUGCUAUUGAAUCUGGUGGUUAUUACUUUAGUUAGAAUUAGAAUUAUUGUUGAACUUGAAUCUGGUGGCUGCUGAUGUUGCAUUUAGUUUUUUAGUGUUGUUGUUUGUUGCUGGUUGCUGUGUUUUAGUCUUUUAGAGUUGCUAUGUUUUAGAGUUGCCGUGUUUUUUAGAGCUGUUGUUGUUUGUUGCUGGCGCAUUUUUUGAAUUGCUGUUUGUUCACUUUGUUGAAUCACAAAGUCAGUGAACUUUAGUGAACUUUGGUGGAAUGGUGGUGGAUGCUGUGUUGCUUAAAAACUGACUUGAGUAAAUCUUUUGUUGCUGAAAAUAUUUUUGGUUUCUUUUGCUAGAAUUUUAAAAAUGUCUUCGUCUCAAACACCAUCAGAUUAUUAGUUAUGUUUAAGACUUGAUAUUAGAUUAUUAAUGUUUGUAAAGACUUGCAUUUUAAGUUUUAAGACAUUAUUUUAAUUUUAUUUAUAUAAUUUUAUAUUUUUUUAAUUAUGACUGGGUUAAUCG